AUGGCGGCCGUCGAGGCGGUUGCGGAGCCGGUAACGGUCGUGGCGGCUCCCGGACCAAAGACAAAGGACGAAGAGGAAGAGGAGCCGCUGCCACCAUGCGAGACGGUGCGCUGGGCGCCGGUGGGGGCGGUGGCGGAGGCCGGGCCUGGGGCGGCUGCGGCGCUGCUCGCGCUGUCCUCGCACUUCGCGCAGGUGCAGUUCCGCCUGCGCCAGGUGGUGCGCGGGGCACCGGCGGAGCAGCAGCGCCUCCUGCGCGAGCUUGAAGACUUUGCCUUCCGCGGUUGCCCUCAUGUCCUGGGUUACGAGGGGCCCGGGGACCCCGCCGGCGACGAAGGCGACGGGCUGCCGGGGGACCGGCCACGGUUGCGGGGCGAGGACCAGAGUGAGCAGGAAAAACACCGUCUGGAAACCCAGCGGGAGAAGCAGAAGGAACUGAUACUGCAGCUCAAGACCCAGUUAGAUGACCUGGAAACAUUUGCGUAUCAAGAGGGCAGUUACGACUCCCUGCCACAGUCCGUGGUCUUGGAAAGACAACGGGUGAUCAUAGAUGAGUUAAUAAAGAAACUGGACAUGAAUCUGAAUGAGGACAUCAGUUCCCUGUCCACUGAAGAGCUUCGUCAACGAGUGGAUUCAGCAGUGGCUCAGAUUGUCAACCCAGCCCGAGUGAAAGAACAGUUAGUUGAGCAGCUGAAAACUCAGAUCCGAGACCUCGAGAUGUUCAUCAACUUCAUCCAAGAUGAAGCGGGAAGCCCCUCGCAGACCAGUGAUAAAUACUGUGAGUGCAAAGCGAGUGGGAAGACAGGAUGUGGCUCCACCAGAACAGGCAGCAGCAAACUGCCUGCAGGAAAGAGCAAAACAAAGGCAGAAGACCUGAAGAAAGUCCAGGAGACAGGGCUACACCUGAUGCGGCGGGCAUUAGCGGUGCUCCAGAUCUUUGCUGUGAGCCAGUUUGGUUGUGCCACAGGCCAGAUCCCUCAAACCCUGUGGCAGAGGGGCCAGGCUGACAGAGACUACUCUCCCUUACUGAAGAGGCUGGAGGUAUCAGUAGACAGAGUGAAGCAGCUAGCCUUGAGGCGACAGCCACGUGACAAUGUCAUCACCUCUGCCAACCUCCAGGACCUCUCCCUGGGAGGCAAGGACGAGCUGACCAUGGCUGUGCGGAAGGAGCUGACAGUGGCUGUGAGGGACCUGCUGGCCCAUGGACUGUAUGCCUCCUCCCCAGGGAUGAGCCUUGUCAUGGCCCCCAUUGCUUGUUUACUGCCAGCCUUCUCCUCGGCCCCUGAGGCCAUGCACCCCUGGGAGCUCUUUGUAAAGUACUACCAUGCUAAGAAUGGCCGUGCUUAUGUGGAAUCCCCAGCCCGGAAGCUCUCCCAGUCCUUUGCCCUGCCUGUUAUGGGAGGCACUGUUGUGACACCCAAACAGGGCCUACUGACAGCCAUCCACAUAGUGCUGACAGAGCAUGACCCUUUUAAGCGCAGCGCAGACUCAGAGUUGAAAGCCUUGAUGUGCAUGGCACUGAAUGAGCAGCGUCUGGUGUCCUGGGUGAACCUCAUCUGCAAGUCAGGGUCACUCAUUGAGCCCCACUACCAGCCCUGGAGCUAUAUGGCACACACAGGCUUCGAGAGUGCCCUCAACCUGCUCAGCCGUCUCAGCAGCCUCAAGUUCAGCCUACCUGUAGACCUGGCUGUGCGCCAGCUCAAGAACAUCAAAGAUGCCUUUUGAUGAGAAUGCCCUGAUCCUAGACCAGUACCUUGCUCAGUAGAGAUAGAUGUUAUUAGUCUCUAGGAUAGGAGCAAGGAGUCAGAGAAAGGGAUAAAGGCAUUUUUCCUAGACCCUGCCUGGGUGGUCAGCCAAAUGAGCGCGAAGUCUGUUUUCCUCACCAACUUAGCAUCUGGGGAAGAUGUGCUGGAGACCCUCUUGUUAAAAAGGUUCUGCCUUGGGCUGGCUGGUUAGCUCAGUUGGUUAGAUCACAGCCUUAUAAAACAAGGGCAUGGGUUUGGAUCCCUGUACUGGCCGGCCAAAAAAAAGGUUCUGCCCUAGUGUGUAACCACAGUGUAGAUGUGGGCACAUGUGUUUGGGCUUAUGGGAAGAGAAUCAGUCAUGGCACACAAUGCCCAGCUCAUCAUGCCAUGUCCCAUUUUUAGAAAACUUUGGUUACUCUAAUAACCAUUCUCUUUAUGGUUGUGAGUGACAACGUGAGUGAGUUGUUGGUCCCUGAAGACAUUCAACUUGAGGCUCCUGUUAGUCAAGUUGGGAGCGGUUUGAGAGUCCUAAGGCCAAAGUUUAAAUUCCUUUUAUGAAUACUAAUUACCCUUCUUUCUUACCCCAAGGUCAGGGGAGACUCUGUAUAUUCCAUGGCUGCCUCUAAAACUAGGAAUGGGACUAUCUGAGAACAGCGUUUCUAAGGGAGUUUACCCAGAAGUUGAUUUUAAUAUAAACUCUUUUUCUUAUAGAGGUAAUAACUGAUAUCUUCCUGACAAGGUAGUCCUCCUCUCACGGCAUAGACAUUGGUCUUUCCAUUUAUGGGAAAUGAGAACCAAUGUCUGGUACUAUGUCCUCCAGCAAAUAAACUUUCCUCUGCGCACCUACCAACAAGACUGACACAGUCUUUUUAGAAGUAAAUGUAUUCAGGGUGUACUUCUUGAGAGAAUCCUUGCCACUCAAGUGGAGUAUGUACAGGAAUACAUAUUGGUAACCAGCAACAACUCCUCCUUGGGUUGUGACACACCAGGCACCCCUUGUCCUUGAUCCUGGAUGAUGGAGAAGAUCUGAUCUUGCAAUGG